CACGAACACAGGCUGACUCUUCCUCCACAUCCAAAGCAGAGCGAGAACCAGGAAGUGAAAGUAUACACAUGGAGGGUGUGUCUUCCCCUGCCAGUGGAUGUUUUAUUUUUAAAAACACAGUCCUCCUCGCAUAAAUAAAUGGGGGACUCGGCGAGGACGAAGCGGCGGGAGCAGCUGAAGCGUUGGGCCGGCUCCUGCACCGACAGAGCGUCGGCCGUGCCCAGGCGGAGGUGGCGGGGCGAUGCCGCCGAUGGAGCUGCGGAUCCGGAGGCCAAGCUCAGCGACCCGCCGAGCGACCAGUCUGGAGAAACUGUGGGCACGGAUCAUGAAAGCAGCCCACUACUCAAAAGACGGAAAAGGGUGAGGUUCGACAGGAGAGCAGAGUUCCUGGCUGCCUGUGCCAGCGGUGACACAGAGGAGGCUCGGAUCAUGCUGACUGAGGCCAAAGAGUCCGCAAGAAGGAACGGCGAGGAUGUGCCAGAAAUCAUCAACUGUUCAAAUGCUGAUGGGAUAACUGCUCUCCACCAGGCCUGCAUUGAUGGCAGCAUGGAGAUGGUGUCUUUCCUUUUGGAGCAUGGUGCCAGCGUGAACCAGGUGGACAGUGAGGGGUGGACGCCGCUGCAUGUGGCCGCCUCCUGCGGUUACCCUGACAUCGCAGAGUUCCUCCUGCAGCAGGGUGCAUCACUCUCUGCUGUGAACUGUGAUGGUGACGUUCCUCUGGACAUUGCCCUUGAUGAGUCCACAGAGUCCCUCAUUCAGAAAUUUACUGUAAAACAGGGUGUGGACCUGGAGGCCGCUAAGCGAAGCGAGGAGGAGCAGAUCAUGACAGAUGCCCGGGCCUGGUUGAGCGAUGGCCUACCUGCCAACGUACAACACCCAAAGACUGGGGCCACCCCACUGCAUGUGGCUGCAGCCAAAGGCUACCUGGAGGCCCUCAAGAUCCUGUGCCAAUGUGGACUAGAUGUGUCAGCUAAGGACUUCGAUGGAUGGACACCUCUUCACGCUGCAGCACACUGGGGUCAGGGGGAGGCCUGUCACAUUCUAGCUGAACAGUUGUGCAAUAUGGAGAGCCACAGCAACUCGGGUCAGACACCAUUUGACGUAGCAGAUGAGAGUGUUGAGGAGCUUCUGCAGGAGUUAUCACAAAAACAAGCCCACUGGAGAAAGGAACAGUCCAUAUUGGACAGGCAAAACCAACAGGGGUCCACCACUGCAAACACACAAAACAAGCGGCGGAGGAGCUCUGUGUGCAGGAUGAGCAGCAAAGACAAGAUGAAUGUGCAGGACCAGUCUAAAGAGAGGGGGGUCUCUGGAGGCCUGGAGCUGAGUGAGGAGAAAGAGAGCAGCCCCGAAAGCUCUAAUGUGUCUAGUCCAGACACUGAGAGCAUGACCACUUCCACUAUCAGUCCUGCUGACAAGACGCCAGAGGAGAAUGACGAAGAUGAGAAGGAGCAGGACAAGGCGAACCGCACGGCCAGAGUCCAGCCCACUCCUCAGACCAGGGACACCACCGCUGAUAGUCCCAACACCCCCAACGCAGACAGACGCAAAUUCCAGGCUCCUGUCAGAGACGAAGAGUCUGAAUCUCAGAGGAAAGCUCGCUCUCGACUCAUGAGGCAGUCUCGCCGCUCCACUCAGGGUGUCACUCUGACAGACUUGAAAGAAGCAGAGAAGACAGCGGCCAAAGCAACAGAUCCACCUCCUCGCAACAUCCAGCCCGUCAGCCCCAUCAUUACCCUGACACCUGCUGAGAGAGAUACAGACCCGGUGAAACAAGCAGAGCCAGAGGGAGAAAAGCGGCUGGGGGUGAAAGACAGGAGGAGAGGGAGGAAGGAGAGACGCUCCACUGGCAUUGUGCAGCUCGGCGGAGAAAAUGAAGAUGAGGAUUCUCAGGGGGAAGAUGCCAACAGUAACAGCAUGUCCCAUGAGAAUCAACUGGGGGACUUGUCUGCCGACUACAGAACGCUGUACUUUAAGGUACUGCAGGAGAACCUGGCUCUGAAGGACAAACUGCAGGAGAUGGAGCUGCUGCUCAGCCAGAACAAAGUGGAGCUGGAGAGGCUGCGCCAGGUUGGGCAGCAGAGCCAAGAGACCGGCACAGACAGGCCAGCAUUACUGGAGCUAGAGAGAUUCGAGAAGUUGGCCCUCCAGAGGAAAGCAGUGGAACUGGAGGAUGAGCUAAAGGUUCUGGGGGACCUGAAAGCAGACAACCAGAGGCUCAAAGAUGAGAACGCUGCCCUCAUUCGAGUCAUCAGCAAACUCUCUAGAUGAACCAUUUAAAAAAACGAAACAAAAAAAAAAGACAAAAAAAACAAUACAUGUAGGUGAUGUAGGUGAUAAGUACAAGAUUGACCUUUAGUCCAUCUCAGAAGACACAAAACAACCAGAACAAGAGCAGAGACAGCAGCAACAGCACACUGAACUGGAACUGGAAUGGUGUAGAUUUCAGGGUUAUGGCUAGCCUGUGUUUGGGCCUUCGUGUUUUGGCAGAUCUACUGUAUAACAAGCUGAACAGCACCUCCUGUGGACCGGCGGGACAGUCCCGUUCACCUCCACUUUUAUAUUAUAAGUUUUUAUUGUUGUAUUUUUUAAACUGGGAUAUUUUAUGUGCUUCGUUCCUGCGAUACAUUGUAUAGAUUGGAGAGACAUAGCCAUGCACAGCGCCAACUCCAGAAUCAUACAGAGACUGCAAAUAUCAGUCAGGGUGGAGCGUGGUUACUAGAUUUUUAAUGUGCCAAAAAAAAAUCCAGCCCCAGGUUUUGCAUGUCCCUUUGGGGGGAUAAAAAACUCCCAGGUGGUCAGUAUUGUUUCUCAGGACAAAGUGAGGGCGGACGUUUCCUUUUCUGCGGCUGACUGCUAUAGAACACAGGACCAAAAUGUGCAUGUUGACUCCUCACGCUCCUCUGAAUGUUUAUUUAAUUUGUAUAUUUAUGUACUGGAGCCAUCUCUCCUAACGCAGUGCAGACAUGCAGCCGUGGCCUCUGAUGAUUUAAAAAAAAAAAAAAAAAAAAAAAAAAGAAGCAGAGUUCUGGGUGCUAAGGGAUUUUUACCGAGUAAAGUCAAAUGUUUUGUUACAAAUGUCAGCUGUUUCAACAGGCUAUGGAGAACGCAUGCUCUGUCCUUAGUACUGUAAGUGGCGUGUAGAUUUGAGCUUUAUGACUGGAUGCUUGUGAAAGCAGCGACCGAAGCGAAGUAUUCACCCUGUGAUGGACUCAGCAGAUGGGACAGAUGGGUCAACUUCUGAAUGUUUACUACAGUAAAAA